AUGGAAGUUACCGCUCAGAAGACGCUCCUCAAGGCGCGGCUUUUCGAAAACGAAAAAAUCAUUGCCGAGUUUGUCGAGAAGCCGGCCACGUGCAAGUCGUCGGGCACGAUCCGCCGCGUCCAGCUCACGACCCACCGUGUCUGCUACCUACAGACCACCCUCCGCUAUUGCUGCAUUACGUCGCCCCCGUCGAUGCGCCAAGUGUUCAUCAAGGACAUUUGCGACAUCGCGAUCGACAACUACCGCCGCGUCGACGAGAGCUGGUUCAUCCAGCUCCUUCGGUUCAUCGUGAAGCUGUUUCCGAUCAUUGGUAUCGGGCUCCUCAUUUACGACAAGAUGCUCAUCUACUCUACCGGCGGCAUAAGCGUCGUUGGCGCAGUGCUGCUGAUCGUGGGCAUUGCCGAGAUCAUCUACGAGCUCUGCCGCAAGCCAUCGCCGCAGAUCAUCAUUGGCACGCGCUGCCCGCAGCUCGAAGCGUUUGCAAUCACGCUGGCAAAUUCCACCGACCGCAUGCAAUUGGUGGACGAGCUCAGCCUUUUGCUCGCCAAGAACCAGUAG